AUGUUCUGUCCGUCUUGGCUUUUGGCUGCAGCGGUCUUGUGUUUUCACAGCCCACAUGUAGACGGUGGCAGAUGCUCGGGUUUGAUAGACUGCAUGGACCUUGAAUCCAAUGAGCAUAAACUGCAGUGUCUCAGAAAGUGCAGAUCGGACCAAGAAUCUUCCAGAAACAUCAGAGUUUCUUCAUCUGAACAUCAGAGCAGUGAAGAACAGGUAGAGGAGCAGAGUCUGAGCUUGGGUUUGCUUUUAUCAGCUCUGUCUCCCGACUCCAUCGAGCUCCAAAACCCCACGGCAGAAGCUCCUCACGGGGACGAGAGGCGGUCAUACUCCAUGGAGCACUUCAGAUGGGGCAAACCCAUGGGCCGCAAACGCAGACCGGUAAAAGUGUUGAGCAAUGGGGCUCUGGAAGAAGAGCCGGAGGAGUCGGAGGAGAGCGUCCGUGUGGAACGAGGACAGAGCGGCACCCUGGAGGUUCAACACAGGAACAACGUCAAAAACAACGGGAAGUAUCGCAUGACCCACUUCCGCUGGAAUGCACCACCAGACAAACGAUACGGAGGACUCAUGAGGCCGUAUUUAGACGAAUCCCACAAACCCCUGAUCACACUCAUACGAAACGCCAUCGGCAAUGGACAGCAGUUCACAGAUUAA